AUGGGUCCCCGACGUGGCAUCACGUGGGACGCCCGCAAGGCAAUUGUAUUGGCGAUGGGACUGCUCAUUGUGUCCUACUUCUUCGUCAUGAAUGUCUUGUUUGACCUGUCGCCCCAGAAUCCCUCACACGGGACGUCGCAGACGAACGCACCUGGAAAACUUGAAGAUUCAGCUCGCGAGGAGGAGGAAAAGAGCGGGAUCUUAGCCACAAAGAAACUGCCCAUUGAGCCCCGAGCUGACCGUAAAUACGUGUGGCUGGAUGUCGCAAUUGACGACAAAGACGUGGGCCGGGUUACAAUUGAGCUGUUCGCUGAUCAUGUACCGAAAGCCGCGGAGAACUUCCGUGCGUUAGUAACGGGCGAGAAGGGACCCGAGUAUUCAUACAAAGGCAGUGUGUGUCACCGCAUUAUCAAGGACUUUAUUGUUCAAUGUGGAGAUUUUACGCGCGGCACGGGGACUGGCGGUCGCAGUAUCUACGGUGCCGCAUUCGACGAUGAACCGAAUGGACUGCGACUCCAGCACUCGAAGCGCUAUUUGCUGCAGAUGGCCAACUCUGGGCGCAAUACGAACGGCAGCCAGUUCUGUUUCAUGCUAAAGGCAGCGCCGCAUCUCAAUGGCAUGCACGUGGUGUUUGGGGAGGUGAUCGACGGCUUUGACGUUGUGGAUAAAAUGGAGGGAGCAGGCGUGGAAAAAGACGGCACCCGUCUGCAACACAAGGUGAGCUUUACGGACGGCGGGGAACUUUUGUUCUAG